AAAGGAGGUUGGUUAACGUAUUAUAGCAUCCAUGGAAGGGAAAAGGGUUCUUGAAUUCUCAUUCAAGCGAUCCAAUCAAGUGCAAACCCAAAGGGAUAAAUCCUGUGUCAAGGUAGAUGGGGAGAGUGUGCUAAUUGACCCUCAACUCCUUUUUCAGCGCCUCACGAUUGCCGCUACGGGACUCUUAGAAGACCUUCCUAUGGUGUUUAACUAUGAGCUGUGUAGCUACCCUUCAUCAUUGUUUGAGGCAUCAGGUCUUCCUAGGGCAGCACAGAAAGCAUCUCUAGCAGAUUGCUUUUGGAGUAUGAGGGAUUGUGGAAUUGCAAAACUUCCAGAUGACUUACUAACUGUGCUAGACGGUGGUUCCCUGUUGCAAAGAAUCUCAUGGAAUGUUGGUGAUUCAUUUGCGAACAUUUGUCAAACGUACGUACAACAAGUUACAAUGAAAUACGCAGAUUCUGUUGUUGUCUUCGAUGGUUAUACCAGUAAAUUGUCAACGAAGGAUGUUACCCAUAUCAGGCGCUCAAAUGGUGCAACAGCACAGAAAGUAGACUUCACCAAGGAAAUGCCCUGUCGAAUGAAGAAAGAACUGUUCCUGUCCAACAUAGAAAAUAAGCAGCACUUCAUAGACCUGUUAGGUUCUAAACUGCAGCAAAGUGGUUGUACGACUGUGCACUCAGAUGAAGAUGCAGAUCUUCUUAUCACACAGACUGCUGUCAAUUGUGCAGCAAUUAAAGAUGUUGUUGUAGUUGGAGAGGGCACAGAUCUUCUUGUUCUGCUCUGCUAUCACGCCGGUCGUCAGAAUCAUGCAAUGUACUUAGAAUCCGAUUGUAAAAGAUCUCUUGGGAAAGAAAUUAAGGUAUGGGACAUCGGUAAGACAAAAGAGGUUCAUGGAAAUCAAUGCAGCCUGUUUCCCAUGUUACAUGCUUUGAGCGGAUGUGAUAAGACAUCUCGACUCUUUGGUAUCGGCAAAGGGCCAGCGUUCAAGAAGCUACAAUCAUCUGACGUCCUCCAAGACCAUGCUCGUGUCUUCCUGGAUAGUACAUCUGAUGUAGAUGCAGUUGCAUCCGCAGGAGAAGAGAUUCUCACGGCCUGGUAUGGCGGACAACCAUUUGAGACCUUAGAUCUCCUGCGUUUCAGAAGGUUUGCAGCAAAAACGCACACAGGGGUCACAUCUGUAAAAGUACACACCUUGCCUCCAACUUCAAUUGCGGCCAGGUUCCACUGUAUACGGUCGUUUCUUCAGUGUCAGUGUUGGAUUGGUAAUGGGUGUAACUUUGUUCCACAAAACUGGGGAUUGUUUGUCAAAGAGAACUACCUAUUACCCGUGAAAUGUACAAUGCCUCCAGCUCCAGAACAGCUGCUUUAAGUGGUUAAAUGUGGAUGCAAGUUGAAUUGCGACACGUGCCGUAAAAACGGUUUGUCGUGUUCUGUGGGUUGCGGCAAGUGUAGGGGUGCCAGCUGUUCGAAAUCAUUACCAGUGACGCAUGCAUAUUUGAACGAGGAUUUGUAAAUGACUGGUUUGUGCUUCAUUACUGUAAUAUCCCGAAAACUUAUAAAUGAACAUUACCAUGCUUUUAUCAGACACUAAAUAUAACUGUGUAAAUGCAAAUACAAAUAUAUGGUUAACCUGCAAUAGACUUGUAUAAAAAUACGUUUAGCCCCCAUUUCCUUGCUACAUGUGAGCCCCCAAAGGUCAAUCAUUAUGCUAAAAUGACAAAAGCAUGCUUAAUAACUGCCCUGAAUUGGUUUCUUUAUAUAUAUGUAGCAGGUUUGAAAUUAUAUAUGAUAGAAACAACAUGCAAAACACAGGGAAAUCAUUUUUAUACUCACAUUUCUUUAAAUGAUGAGAUUAUUUACAAGUGGAGAUAAUUCUAAGGCUGUGACGUCAAUAGACAUGCAAAAUAAUAUGCAAUGACACUCAAUUUGAUCAGCAU